CGUCGCCGGAGAAACGAGCGAAGGAGGGUCGGUGGGUCCGUCGUCGGUCGGUGGGGCAGGCAUGAGGAGAAGCGAGGUCUUGGCCGACGAGUCGGUGACCUGCCUGAGGCAGGCGCUGGGCGAGCUGCGCGACAUCUGGGAGGAAAUCGGCAUCCCCGAGGAGCUGCGACUGCAGCGGACGGAGGUGGUGAUGUUGCACGUCAAGGACCUGCUGGCCAAGAUGAUUGCCGAGGAGCAGAGCCUCAAGGACCGGCUCCUGAGGAGCAUCGAUGCCUGGCGCAAGCAACUGGCCACACUCUGCCAGGAGCUGCAGCUGGCUCCUUUUGAGGAGGACGAGGAGGCGACCAUCCUGCAGCUGGAGAAGGAGCUGCGCACUCAAGUGGAAGUCAGGCUGAAGCAGAAGCAAGAGCGGAGGCAGGAGCUGCAGGCCCUGCGGGAGCAGGAGUUGGAGAUGUGCGACUUGCUGUCGGUCGCCCCAUCCGGCAUCUGCACCAAGGGCGUGCCCAGCCUGGAGGAGCUGGCCCACUUCCGACGCCACUUGGCAGCGCUGGCGGCAGAAAAGGAGCGCCGGCAAGCAGAGUUUGUCGGUACAAAACAGAAGAUUGUUCUCUGUAUGGAGGAACUGGAGCACAUCCCCGACACCAGCUUUGAGCGGGAUGUUGUGUGUGAGGACGAGGAAGCCUUCUGUCUCUCCAAAGAGAACAUUGCUGCUCUGAAGGACCUGCUGCGCCAGCUGGAGGUCAGGAAAGCUCAGAAUGAGGCUUUGUGUGAAGAGUUGCGCUGCAAAAUCCUGAUACUCUGGGAUCGGCUGCGCGUGCCUGUGGAGGAAAGAGAAUCCUUUGCCAUACACAUGAAGGGAUCCAGGAGCAAGACCAUCAAUGCUUUGCAGUUAGAAGUGACUCGCCUGGAAACGCUGAAACUCCAGAACAUCAGGAAUAUGGUGGAGGCCAUCCGGGUAGAGCUGGCAGAUUACUGGGACAAGUGCUUUUAUGGCGAGGAGCAGAGGCAGUCUUUCAGCCCGUAUUAUAAGGAUGAUUUUACUGAGGAGCUGUUGCAGCAACACGAGGAGGAAAUAGCACACAUGAAGCUCUAUUUUCAGACGCACCAGGAAAUGUUUGAAGCUAUCCGCAAAUGGGAGGGAAACUGGCACCACUUCCAAGAGCUGGAGAGGAAGGCAACAGACCCGAGUCGUUUCACCAACCGAGGGGGCAACCUCUUGAAAGAGGAGAAGCUGCGUGCCAAGCUGCAGAAGACGCUUCCCAAGCUAGAGGAGGAGCUGAGGGGUCGAGUGGAGCUCUGGGAGCAAGAGCAGGGCCAGGCCUUCCUUGUGAAUGGGCAGCGCUUCAUGGAGCACGUGAAAGAGCAGUGGCGCCUGCAUCACCUGGAAAAGGAGAGAGAGAAGCAGGAGCGGCAACUGAAGAAGUCCCGUCAAAUUGAGGAGGAAAUGAUGUACGGCAGUGUCCCCCGCAGCCCCAGCAAGCGUCGGGUCUUAGGCUUCAACACCCCUGGUAAAGUGCGGAAGCUCAACGCGACAGCAGCUACCCCCAACAGCACGAUCCGCUCAGCGCUGGGGGGCUCUGUGUUCCACUCUCCAGCAUCCCAUCCACCACUUUCUGGAAGCAAGUCUGUCCGGACUCCUUGCCGCGCGGCUGCCAAGCCAUCUCGGCCAGGACGCCUGGACCGCAACAAGGAGAACGUGUCUCAGCUCAACGGAACAGCUUUGAGCGGUGGGUGCACCUCCACAGCCCCUGCCCAGCGUACCUACAGCAUUAAUUCUGUUGCCAGCACCUAUUCCGAGUUUGCGCGCGAACUUUCAGAGGCUUCCAAAUCUGAGAAGAGGCCCCGCAUUCUUAACUCAACGAUUUCUACUCUUGACAGCUGAUGGGGAAGGAACAGGCAGGCCCCUCUCCUGUCUCUCUCCUCCGUGAAGCGGUGCCACCGCCGGCUCAGUUGGCCCGCAGCCCUUGACCAAAUCUCUCAAGGCCACUUUUAAUGCUGUUGCUUGAUUUUGGUGCAGUUUUUAUGUUUUAUUUUUUAGAAAAUAACGGUAAAGGUGCAGAGGGUCCCUAGCACAGGCCAGCUGCUCCGCUGGCAUCCUCGGUGGUUCCUGUAACAUACUUUGGCGUGACUGCCCUGUUUUUCAUGGGCAGGCAUGUAAGGAUGGCAUGCUGUAGGGGGGGGGGGCAAGGGCAGGGCCACAGAAGAAAUGAUACUUUUGGGCCCCAAAGGAACAAAGGCACUUGGGUUCUUGUGAGUAAGGCAAGAGUAGCAAGAGGCUAGGGGACAAGGAAGCCGUUCCUUUAGGGUGACGUGGCUGGACUGGCAGCACAGGCUCCAGAGAAGUCAGAUUAAUCUCUCGGCCGGUUUAUUUUAACGACUGCCGCUGCUCCACCCCCCUCAUGUGGCUGCUGCCUUAAAGGAAAGCUGCCCCCACCUUUCUUGGGGUGGGGAGACUGAGUUUGACAGGUAGAGGGAGGUUGUUCUUUUUGUACGUGAUUAUCAUGGCUAGAUUUGCACUUUGGUUUCACUACAGCCCCCAUUAUUUAUUUGUACGCCCUUCUGCUCUUCAGCCCUUGUGUUUUUUUGUUUCCAGUUGGACUCCUCCCUCCCCUCCCCCCACUUGCUGAAGCAACGGCCCCUGCUUCCACUCUAAAGAAGAUUGCAAAGAUAUAGUAGCUUUAUUAAUAAAAUGAAUAUUAAAUACAUGUUUUGUAACUCAGCUCUGCAUGAAAUACAGUGUGAAUGUUUCUA